AUGGUUCAUAGAGGCAAAAGCUCGGAGGAGAAGGAUUUGAUUUUUGGGGUUCAACGAUCCCACCCUGUUGACAUGAAACCACGGCUUGAUGUGUUCAUGGCCACCAAUAUCAAUGAAGAUAUCAGCAGCUUUCAACUUGUUGGGAGCCACAUUGACAAGUCCUGCAAAGUUUACAUAGGAGACACCAUGAUUGCAGAGGUAAUUGAUGUAUAUCCAAGAAGCAACUUCAGCAAUUGGAAAGAAGGCUUGAAGGUCAAAAUCAAUGCAGGGGUGGAUUAUGAUUUCAUUGUUGCGUUGCUUGUAAUACUCACAGUAAAUGAUUACAUAUGA